GAGCCAGUCGCGCGGUGGUGACGCCGCUGUGAGCAGCUGAUAUGGCGGCGUUGCUAAGAGGUCUGCGGGCUGGAAGGGCACUCCGUGGCCUGAGCAGCGUGGUGGCUGCACCAACAGCAACAAACCCUCAGUGCGGCAGUCUGAGACGAGGCUUCCACUGUGCAGGGCUGAGGCUUCAGGAUGAGUCCAAAUCUGACAAGCCUCCCUCCUCAACCACCUACCAUGAGCACUACCAGGCUCGCUCUGCUGAACAGGACACGGCGGCUUCUGCUUCCGAUCCGGCAGCCGACCAGUCUACCGAUCCAAACACCAGUUACCAGGAUCAGAGCGGGGAGCAAGAUGAGGAGUAUGAAACAGAGGAGCAGCUUCAGGCUCGAAUCCUGACUGCCGCUCUGGAGUUUGUUCCUCUGCACGGCUGGUCGAUGGAAGCUAUCGCAGCUGGUGCUGAGAGUCUGGGUUUGUCGUCUGCUUCCACCGGUAUGUUCGAGAAAGGAUCCGGAGACCUGGUCCUACAUUUCAUCGCUCAGUGCAAUGCGCAGCUGACGGAGAUCCUGGCUGAACAGCACACUCAGGUCCAGCUGGGCCAGGCUGAACCAAAGAAGACUGCAGAUUUUAUAAGAGACGCUGUGGAGACCAGACUGCGCAUGUACAUCCCCUACAUCGAAACAUGGCCACAGGCGAUGAGCCUACUGCUGCUUCCCCACAACAUCCCCGACAGCCUGAAGCACCUCUCCACGCUGAUGGACGACAUCUGGUACUACGCCGGAGACCGAUCCACAGACAUGAAUUGGUACACAAAGCGGGCGGCGCUGACGGGCAUCUACAACACCACAGAGCUGGUGAUGAUUCAGGAUUCCUCUCCAGACUUCCAGGACACCUGGGCCUUCCUCGAUAACCGCAUCCAAGAUGUAGUCAACAUGGCCACCACAGCCAAACAGGUGCAGUCAACAGGUGAAGCAGUGGUGCAGGGACUCAUGGGAGCUGCUGUUACGCUGAAGAACCUCACAGGAUUGAACCAGAGAAGAUGAAGCACUGAUCCCGACCAUCCACAUGAUGAGCAGAACUCUGAAAUAUUGGAUUAUGGCUGUUAAUAAACAAUAGAAGGAGCAAAUUUGUUUCUGAUCACCUGCAGAAACUCUCACCCGCUGAUCCUUUCACUCUCCUGCUCAGAUCAUUUUUUCCUUUGUACACAAGGACACAGAUCUGUAAUUUAGUUGUUGAAUCAAGUGAAAGUUCAAUAAAAUAGUAAUUGUAUAUUUAACUUUUUUUUUUUUUUUUGGUUUGUCUUCAGUUGUGAAAUCAGUUUCCCACUAAAGAACUACGUUUCAGGUCAAAGUCACUAUAUUUUACUAGAGCGAAAACCCUGUGCCACCAGAAUGAUUUGAAAUGUUCUGCAGUCAAAGUUUUGUAUAUAGAGACUUUAAAGUGUCUGAUAUGGGACGUUUGCAUUAAUUGUAAUUGGUCUAACUGUAUUACAAUGACAAAGCAAUUUUGAAACGUCAUUACAUUUCCUGUUAAUGUCUUAGUUUGCCCACCAAUCUAAACGCUUGAAAUAUUUGUUUUAGAUUAAUGUGAGACAAUAAAGUUCUUGCCUGAAAACGAA